GUGGAGACUCCACCUCAACACAGCACUGGCGGUAACUCGCGCAGUUGGGAGUCGUGACGCCGACACCCGAUCGCGAUUGACAUCCAGCAAGAUGUGAGGCUUUUCCAUGGGCGAGUGGAGCACCGUCUCCCGCUGCGGCACGAGCGACCACGGGCGGUGAUGCGGAGGGUUUGCGCCCCGGAGCCCCGCGAAGAGAGAGCUGCCGCAUCCACGCGCCGUCUGAACCCGCGACCGCAGAGCGAGGCACCGUUGAUGAUGUGCUUUUACACCCUGCCGUUCAACAUCCUCUCCCGGUUUAAGUGGAAAAACAACACCUGAGACGAGCUGCGCGGACAUCAUCGCCCCUCCAUCACCAUCAAGAGCAGCGGAAACCAGGAGACCCAAGAUGAAAUUUCCCACAGAGAAUCCACGAAAACCAGGGAACGUGAACCCCGCUCCAGUGGCUGUUCAAACCAACCUGAUUCCCCCGAAGAAGAUGCAGCCCGGAAUGCUUCAGUCCAGCCUGGUGCAUGCCAGCGUGGCCACCAUGCAGAACCCGAUGGGCUGCUCGCUUCCCCGUCUGUCCGUGACCUCCCGCCCCGCCAGCAUGGUCGCCAGCAUGGAGGCGGUGGCGGACGGGUCGGCCCCCUUCACCAUGAUGAAGCUGAAGACGGUGAUGGCUGUUUUCGUGGUGGUGGUGGCCUACUUGGUGGCGGGGGGCCUCGUGUUCCGAGCGCUCGAGCAGCCCUUUGAAAACAACCAGAAGAUCACGAUCACGGCGGAGAAGGCCGCCUUCCUGCAGAAACACCCCUGCGUGUCUCCGGACGAGCUGGAGGCCAUCAUCAAGCACUCAGUGGACGCUGUUAACGCCGGCGUGAAUCCUAGCGGGGACACCUCGUAUAACUCCAGCCACUGGGAUCUGGGAAGUGCCUUCUUCUUCGCCGGAACUGUCAUCACAACAAUAGGGUAUGGGAACAUCGCUCCAAGCACUGAAGGGGGGAAGAUUUUCUGCAUACUCUAUGCAAUAUUUGGAAUUCCACUGUUUGGAUUCCUUCUUGCUGGUGUCGGAGACCAACUCGGAACCAUUUUUGUCAAAAGUAUUGCCAAAGUGGAGAAGAUGUUUCGGAACAAACAUAACCAGAUCAGCCAGACCAAAAUCCGGGUGGCCUCCACGCUCCUCUUCAUUCUGGCCGGUUGCAUCCUGUUUGUUACCAUCCCGGCGGUGAUAUUCAAGUACAUCGAAGGCUGGACAGCACUGGAGUCCACAUACUUUGUGGUCAUUACUUUGACUACUGUUGGAAUUGGAGACUAUGUGGCAGGGGGAGAUCGUAAGAUUGAGUAUCGGAAAUGGUACAGGCCUCUGGUUUGGUUCUGGAUUUUGGGCGGUCUUGCGUACUUUGCUGCAGUUCUGAACAUGAUCGGUGACUGGCUGCGAGUGUUGUCGAAGAAAACAAAGGAAGAGGUCGGGGAAAUCAAAGCCCAUGCAGCCGAGUGGAAAGCCAACGUGCGUGCUGAGUUACGGGAGACGCGUCGGCGUAUGAGCGUGGAAGUGCAUGACAAGCUGCAGCGAGCGGCUACCAUCCGGAGCAUGGAGAGACGCCAGCUAGGCCUCGAUCAACGUGCCGUUUCCUUGGACAUGCUGUCUCCAGAACGGCGCGCCAUCUUCAACAGCCUGGACACCAACAGCUACAAGACCUCCUCCCAGGAGAGCAUCGAUACUAAACUAAACAACCUUCGCCUGCGGGGGGCGGAGCACUGCGAGCGGCGCUCUGACCACCAAACCACAUCCGAGGACAACAUUUUUAACCGCCUGGGCUCCGUCACCAAACUUGCCAAGCGCAGCCGAAACCGGGACCUGAAGAAGAACAUCCCGGACGAGGCUCGUCGGCCUCACAGCGAAGCGUUCGGUUGCAGCACUCCGACGUUCGACUGUGUGCUGAUGAUGGAUGAAGUCAAAAAGAAGGACGACGGAGAGGAAGAGAACGAAGACAAGGAGUGCAACACGAGCUUGUCUGAUUUUCCUCUGUUUGUUGAAAUAUGCAAGCCGCAGAAUGGGUUCAUUCCAGAGCUGACCAAAGAGCACGAGAGCGACGAAACACUUGAAACGAACAAGCUGCAUUUUGAGAUGGGCCCGUAGCUGUCAUCUUCAGAAACUGUCCAUUGAGUAAAGCCACGCCAUUUGUGCCUUAGGUUUCCCUUUCUCCAGUGUGCUUGAGUUGGGGCCGACUGAAGUCCCUCUGUGCUGUAGACAUUGUACUGUCCACAUUAGGUAUUCACUGUGCUCUGUGGAUGUAAUGGACCGGACCCUGUCACUGUCUGUUGACCGUCCUGUGUAUUUCUUUGAGCUGGUGCUUUUUAUCAAAAACCCCUCGGCUGCUUUUACUUCAGCACUGUUUUCCUAAACUCCAAAUGUUCAUAUUCUGGCCUGUAGUUAUGGACUCCAUCAGAACAUCAGUCAUUGCUAGCAUGUUUCCUGACGCUUUUAUUUCGAUCUUUAAACAUACUAAAUCGAGUGAGUGGUCACAACUGGGCGUGACAGUAAAAUUAGAAGCAAUGUUCACAAGGAUUUUUAGGGCCAAAAUUCGACAUGAAGCAGUGGAAAGGGAGGGACGCACUGCAAAAAAUGAGCCAUCAAGUUAAUCCAGCGGCAAAAAUCUUCACCAGGAGUUCCAAAAUCCACCAGGAAUCUCUUGUCUUUUUGUAACUGAUUUCAUCCAACCAAGAACCUGAUAGAGAAGAGGCAGACUUUGCCAGGCUGUGAGGCAAUGUAACUGAUAUUUGCAUGUAGAAAUCGAAACCAUUUUGAAACCAAUUGAAGCCCAAAUUCACGAAUGGAAACCAGCCACUUUCACAGGUCAAUAUUUAGUGCUGCACGUAUCACAUGGUGCAUGGUAUUAUGUUUCCAUUUAGUAAGUUGCACUUGAGUUCCCCGCAAUAUCCUGUAUCUCAUCUCAUUCCUACAGAAAUACAUGCACAUACUGACAAGGUACUAGAGUCACCAUUUUACCUCUAUUUUUCUUUUUUGGACUGCGGGAUGAAACCGGAGUGCCUGGCGGAAACUAAACAAAAGCCCAGAGGGAACGUAGAAACCCCACAACAAAGAGGACGCAGGUUCACAUUGCCUCAAACGGAUGUCGAACCCGUGACCAUCUUGCUGUGAGGCAGCAAAUGUGAUGAAUCAUCACAUCCGAAAAAAUGAAUGGCCCAGUGUUUUUUGAAUUCAAGUCAUUAGAUGAACGCCAAAAGAGAUGAAUAUAGAGGUGUAAAGUUUACAUCAGGCUAUGUGAGCACUACUUCAGUUUCAUGAAAUGAAAUCGAAUGAAGUAGGAUUGUUAUAAUUGUAAUAAAUAAAAACAGUUGAACGAAGUGCUGCUACAAAAGCAAGGCAUGAUGCUUUGUAGAAAAAAAAAUUCACAAGUUUUGGCCGAUAGUUUUAGAAACCAUAAAAUCAUCAGUGUCUAGAGAACCAUUGAUGCAUGCCACAACCAUUUAAAGCCAACACUGAGGUCAAAAGGUCAGAAUUCAAAGACACAAAUUGCCAACAGAAAAUGCAUUUGAGGUUCAAUUGUUCAGUGUUUUUUGUUUGUUUGGCCGUUUACCAUCAACAUUGUCUGCCUUUGUCUUGGUCUCACAAGCGGCAACAGAAAGAAUUUCAGAAAAACCUCACUGACCCUGAACGCACCAUUUUCUACCUGAAUGUAGCAUUUCCAGGUAAAUGUAAACGGCAUGUGAAAGUUCUCUGUGUGUCUUGCAUCGGACUGUUAAAAUGACCAAAACAGAAGGUGUCUUAAAACAGUAAAAAACUUGGAAAUAUUGGACAUAAGUAAGAAAAAUGUGGUCUGGAAAUAUAUAUUAAUCAAGUUUUGCUUAAAAUAUUUUUAUUUUUAUUUUUAUUUUUAUUUUUAUUUUUAUUUUUAUUUUUAUUUUUAUUUUUAUUUUUAUUUUUAUUUUCAUUUUUAUUUUUCGUCCUUCAUUUACUACAGUCUAAGCUAUUGUUUGGCGGCAGCUAAAACCUACAGCAGAAGAUGUUCACAAUUCUACCUUUUGUUUUGACCAGAAAAAAAUGGUUCCCAAGGUCUGUAUCUGUGAUGCCUACUGACUUGCUGCGCAGAAAAGAGAGGCGUUUUUUUUAACAUUUCAAGGUUUAACGAUUGUAACAAGUGGCAGCUAUCGCAUUUAUUUUUGCAUAUCAGACUGUUUUACUGAGUUUGUUUCAUCACUCUGCUGGACGCCUACAGUAACAAAUGGUCGGUUUUCCUGCAACCUGCUCCGUUCCAAUGUCAUCAUGAGUCACGUGCCACCGAUUGUUCUUCAUUCCACACACACACACUCCCCGGCCUUACAAGAACUUUGUCACUGUUUUGCACACCUUUGUCCAUGUAAAACUCUAGGUUAGAGUGAAUGCAGUUCAAGCAAAAACCUGUGUAAAGUUUAAAAAAGCCUUUAAAUGUAAAUGCUUCAGUAAAAAAAUAAUAAUGAAAAGCAGAAAGCAUGCAUCAUUGCAAAAAAAAAGAAAAGGAUAAAAAAAAAACACUGUACAGUAUAUGGUGUUGAUUGUGCGCAACCACACAUUUACAUUUUUUAACUGCCUUUGUGGAACAUCAAGUGCUCACAGCCUCGCCUGUGCAACCAUUACAUCCAAUGUAGUGAUUGCCUUUAUUUAUUUAUUUAUUUUCCAGAAAUAAAAAUC